GAAAGCAGUGGCUGGUAACCACAGCCAACACAGUAUGAUGCACUUCUCGCCCUACAUGGCCGACAACAGACACCAGCCCGCAUCCAGAGGAAACUCCUCAGAACAACAGUGCAGCGCCGCGGUGGUGGACCUGGGCUCGGUAAUGGACUCCGAGAAUAAGCAAUCUCCCCAGCACCAGCAGCUGUCACGCAGUGCCAACUCUCAGCAAAUGGAUGAUUCCCUUAAUUCCGCACUGGCAAUUGGGAGGUAUUCACUUGGGCAUGGCAAAGGAGAUAGCGAACUGUACACCGAAGAGUUAAGAGAGGAUGGGACCGAGCCUGGACAAGCUGAUCCGUGGGAAACCCUGGGUGAAAUCUCUGAGCAGCAACCACAGCCGAUCAAACGUUGGAAAUCUAUGCCAACUAUUGCUGCCAAGAUCAAGUCAGCUGGAGCUGCGUCUCCCAAAUGCUGUGACGAUGAAGGGCAUGCUUAUGUCAACAACUGGCCCUCCAUGUACAACUUGCUCAGCCGAGAAAACAACAGCAACAAACUUGUCGCAGAGUGCUAUAGAACACUGGAUUGGGAUGUGCCAAGGACAUGUACUGGCUUCAACCCACUAUCUGCAACAGCACCGGUACAACCCUAUGCUGUAGACACAGCCACAGCAACAUCAGCAGCAACACCAUCAGCAGCAACACCAGCAGCAACACCAGCAGCAACAUCAGCAGCAACACCAGCAGCAACAUCAGCAGCGUCAACAUCAUCAACACCAGCAGCAACGGCAGCAACAGCAUCAACACCAGCAGCAAUGGCAGCAGCAACAGCAUCAACACCAGCAGCAACGGCAGCAGCAGCAUCAACACCAGCAGCGACGGCAGCAACAGCAUCAACACCAGCAGCACCGGCAGCAACAGCAUCAACACCAGCAGCAACGGCAGCGUCAACAGUAUCAACACCAGCAGCAACGGCAGCAAUAGCAACAGCAGCAACAACAGAGAAAGCAUCAGUGGGUAAUUCAGGGCGGCCGCAAAACCCGCCCCAACCCACUGAUCCAUCAUCGAAGCAGAUUUGUUUAGCAGAAGACAAGACGGCAGCGCCCGCAAAACAUGAUUCAACAGCUCCCGCACCAAAUGCGCACACCUCAUCAUCAUCACCAUCACCGCCGGCACUGCCACCACCAUUGUCCUCUGCAACGUCUGCGUUAUCCGCAAUAGGUAUGGCAACCAGAUUACCACGGAAACGCCCAGCACCAGCACCGCCCACGCAACACUCACCAGCUGAAGGAGUGCUACAAACAUUAGCAGACAACCCCACUCCGCUGUCUAUACCUGUCAUCGAAACAACACAGUACGGACAGUCUGCAUAUGAAUGCCUGUAUCGAGGAGAUGAAUUCACCUUCAGCAAUUCUGUGGCCUAUGACACAUUUCGAAUCAGUUCCAACGCCACAGAAGCAUCGCAAGUCGAUGGAAGCUUACAUCCCUGGUCAGAUGGGGCCAUUUCUCCAUCGGUAUCUGAGAGCGGUGCAUCUGAUAAUCUCGUAUUUCCCGCAACACCAUCCUGUGUACAACUCCCCGUGGUACCGUACCAAAUCACGAACAGAACCACAUUGAGCAGUGCGCUUGUUGAGGUUGUCUAUGAUGAUAUUGAUGCGCUGCACGAUUGCAAUGGAUCACAACUACAUUGCCAUCACCCCAACAGUGCUAUGUUAGACAGCAGUGUGCAAGAGGAUGCUCUGCACAACAAGCUCUCCCAAAGCCCACCAAGUCCCGUUACAAUGUUCCAAUCAACCUAUACUGAUCUGACUUCACACAGAACACUCUACAAUACCAUUACACCUGGAAUGUGUUGAAGAACCUCUAUGAAAUUCAUCCUUAAGAGUGGCCAGCAUGACAUCACAUUCUUCCACGCCGGUAUCCUGGACAAACUCAAGCAUAUUACCAGCCGGUUGUAAUCACUCACUAUCAGCCUGGCUUAAAUGACAUCAUUUACUAUCAGUCUGGGCUCAAUGACAUUAUUCACCUAGAUUCUGGCUCAAUGACAUUAUUCACUCAAUGGCCCAAUGACAUAAUUCACCUCGAGCAUAGCUCUAUCACAUUUUUUCACCGAAAUCCAGGGUGAUGACACCAUACACUUAGAGUCUCAUUUGAUGAAGCCAGUCACUGAAAAUCCUGCUUGAUCACAUCAUUCACUUAGUGCAAAGUAGGGAGAGUAACAUGCACAUUGCAGCUGACUAAACAUGUUUUGAAUUCAUUCCAUUCUGAAACCAUUACUGCAACAAGCGCCACCGCAGAUGCAAGAACGAUUUUUUUAAACCAGUCAGAUUUUUUGACAGAAUGAUGUCUGUUAUUCACAUCAUAAGACAUGAAUAGCACAUGCGGCAUUCUCUUUGCUCUUCCAUCUUUAACCAAACACCA